CGUAUAAAUAGUUCUGUUGUGCUAAAUGCAGAGCCAGAGCUUCAUUAAGACUAUUCAGUCACUUACAUGUGGCACGCCCAAGACAUGCCUCUCAGAUAUGAAUGGAAGGAGAAAAUGUAGACGACUUUGUGUGGCCCAGAUAAUGCUGGACAACCGAUUCCUGGAGUUCUAAAAGAAAGGCUUUUGAGCAUGGCACAGUGGUAGAAAUAAGAAAACAAGAAUAGCUGUAGUUGUCCAGAUCAGCAUUCUGUAUACUCAAGGACUGUCUACAGCAAAGACCAGAUAGCAGUGGGUUCGAAUGUCCUACUGAGUUCAGUGGAGCCUACUUCUAGGUUGAGUUCUGUGUACUAUGGGAUGGGUGAAGAAGAGAACAAGUAUGUGUCCCAGCUCAAGGAUGCGUAUGAUAGCUGCGAUACCACGGGCACUGGGCGUUUGGACAAGGAGGAGUUGACGGCACUCUGCCACAAGCUACAUUUAGAAAGACAGCUGCCUUUACUCCUGGAAACACUCUUGGGAAAUAAUCCCUUUGCUAGGGUUAACUUUGAUGAAUUUAAGGAAGGCUUUGUGACUGUAUUGUCCUCAAGCAUCAGCCUUGGCCUUUCAGAUGAUGAAAGCAGUUAUCUGGAGCCAGCUGCUCCAGACAAAGUGGAACCCAAGUACAUCAAAGGGGCCAAGUGGUAUGGCCGCCGAACAAGACCAGAACUUCAGGGAACCAAGUUGGAACACCCCAAGUAUUUACAAGAGCAGCAAUCGAAAAGUCAGUUGCGGCGCUCGGCAUCUCUUGAGAGUGUAGAAAGCCUUAAAUCAGAUGAGGACCCUGAAAGUACAAAAGAACAGCAGCAUGAGGGGUUGGAGGGAGAAGGCCGACUGUCUUCCUGGGAUGAUGACUUUUUUGAUGACCCCAGAAGAGUCCCCACCUCCUGUUUUGACAUGACUGAGAACCAGGUUCGGGACAUCUGGGAUGAUCUUGGCAUUGGCAAUAAUGGAUACCUGGACAAACAAGAGCUUGCUAUUGUUUGUAAGAACAUUGGACUUAAACAGUUGGAAAAAGAGGACCUUGAAGAAUUGUUUAAUAAAUUGGAUAGUGAUGGAGAUGGAAGAGUAAGCCUGAAAGAAUUCCAGCUUGGCUUGUUCAACCACAGUCCCGUCCCUUGUCAGGUUUCUUCCACCCCACUCAAACCAAAAUGUCAAAGAUCAGCAUCGCACCAGAUAUUCGAAGAGACUGGGCAUCGAAGUGCAACUCCAUCUUUUUUAACUGGCUGCGCGGCUUUGAAUCUCUUCUCCAGCAUUGAUGACGGCACUGGCUUUGCAAGUCCUGAGCAAGUUAUUUCCAUCUGGGCUCAGGAAGGGGUUGAAAACUGCAAAGAGAUUCUGAAGAGUUUGGACUUCAGCAUGGAAGAGAGAGUUGGCCUCUUGGAACUGUCUGUGGCCCUCGAGAAUGAGCUAAUGGCCUCCAAGAAUGGACUCCAUCAGGCAGCAUUUGCCACCUGUAAACAUGAAAUUCAGCAUCUGGAAGCUCAAGUGGAACAGUUCUCCAUUGAGAGAGACAAAGCCAGGAUCGAAUUAGAGAAAGUGGAAAAGUGGAACUUGCAACUUUCUAAAGAGAUGGAUGACAGCCAUAGUGCUCUGGAACACCACAAUGAGAGUAAACUCAGAGACCUUGAGCAAGAUUACAAAGGAAAGCUGACUGUUAUGAAGUCUGAAAUAGCCCUAGAAAGGGAGCAGCUCUUGCAACAUGCAAACCUUCAGGGAGCCCAAUUAGAAGCAGAAAUCAAAUCUCUUAAAGAGGAAGAGUGCAGUUUGAGGGAAAAGCUGACCUUGGUGAUCAAGGAAAACAGUCGCCUCCAAAGUGAAAUUGCUGAAGUGGUUCAAAAGCUGUCUGAGUCUGAAAAGCAAGUUGUGAAGCUUCAGAAGGACCUUGAUUUCAUGUUGAAAGAUAAGUUGGGACUGCUGGAUCCACAUGACACAGAAUUCUUUCACCAAGAAGAGCGCUUUGCUGAAAUAAUUAAAGAAUAUGAACUGCAAUGUCGGGACUUGCGCGACAAGAAUGACGAACUGCAAAUGGAGGUGGAAAAACUAUGUGCCCAGCUGCAUGGAAAAAAGCAGAACCUAGCCGAGCAUAAAAUGAAGGCCAAGAACCCUGGAGGAAGGAUCCUGCCUGAAAAUGCAAAAGCCAGAAUUCCAGACAACAUGCAAAGAAACAAUCAGGUUCUUCUUGGAUGCCCGAACGUACCAACCACAGGCCAUAAUGGUCUUGUUUUCACUGAGUCUGAUCCCCCCUAUUCAGUAAGUCUACAAAUGGAGCUUCUGGUAGAAGAACUGAAAGAGCAUCAUCAAGAUCUGAAAAUACAGCUGGAAACCAAGGUCAAUUACUACGAAGGGGAAAUAGAAAGAAUGAAAAAUAACUUCGAGAAGGAGAGGAGGGACAUUAAACAACUUUUCAAGAUUGAGAUAAGUGAAUUGGAAGAACAGAAGAGUAAUUUGGAACAACUGAAUACGAAAUCUCAAGAAGUUAUUGAUGGCUUGAAAGAGCAACUUCAGAAGCUAAGUCCUUUCCAAGAACUGCAGAAGAGUUUUGAGAAGGAGAAGUCCGAAAUGGAGCAGUAUUAUGCCAAAGAGAUUUCAAAUUUAGGACAGAGACUGGCCGAGGAAAGGGAUAGAUUGGAAGAUGACAUGAAGAUGACACACAAGACUGAGAUGCACCUCAUGAGAAUGGAACUUCACAGAAUUUCAGAAGACAACGUGCUUCUAAGAAAUAAACUUCUGAGGUUUCAGGAAGAAGUGGAAGAUGCUGGUGAAGCAAACAUAAAGCACAGGAAGCAAAUUGAGGAACUGAAGAUAGAAAAGGAGAAGGCCAUGUAUACAAUAGAAGAAUUAAAUCAACUGAAUCAUCACUACAAUGAAGAAAUCUUCCACUUGAAUGCCAGGACUGAUCAGCUGAGCCAUGAACUCUCUGAACUAAGCAGCCUUAAUAAGGCCAAUCAGAAUACAAUCACUCUACUGAAUCAGAGGUUUGUUGAGCUGGAGAGCCAAAAAGAGCACAAAGCUGCGGUUGCCAAGCGACUUCAGGAGGCCUCUGCUGAAUUAACAAAGGAGCAUCUUCAGCAGCAGUUGGCAUGGCAGGAAGAAAAGGCUGUGCUGGAGGGACAGCUCAAGGCCUCUGGGGAAAAGACAAGCCAAUUUCAAGAGCUAGAGAUUGAACUGGAGUGUUUGACAAAGGAAUGUCAAAUGUUACAGUUAACAAAAGCACAACUGACAGAAGAGGUGGCGGACUUCCGGGAUCAGUUAUUGGAAGCCAAAACAAGCUUAAAGCUGGCAGAGUCUCAGCACACGCAGGAGCUACAGCAAUUAAGGGGCCAGGUGGAGAAUUCUGUAUCCAGAGAUAGCCUUGCUGAAGUAGAAAACAGAUUGGCAGAAGAACAGAAGACAGUUAGGCUGUUGGAAGGCAAGCUCAGUUUUCAGGCAGAGCAGAUGAGAUGGCAAUUGGCCAUAUAUCAGGAAGAACAUGAGAACUCACACCGGCUGAUGGAAAAAAAGUUGGGGGAAGUGGAAAUGAACCUGAAGAAUGCACAACUGUUGCUUCAAGAAAAGAUGACGCAGCUUAAGGAGCAGUUUGAAAAAAAUGCCAGGUCUAACCUACUGCUAAAGGAGAUGUACGUGGAAAAUGCACACCUGAUGAAAACCUUGCAGGUUGCAGAACAAAAGCAGAAGAGCACAGAAAACAGGAACUUAAUUCUGGAGGAGAAAAUUUCAUCCCUGAACAAAUUAAUUAGAGAAGUUACUCUGGCAUCCCAAUAAAUUUAAUGUUUUUGAAUUAUGUUCUGUUGAACUGGAAUAGACAAUCACAACUAAAGACAUUUCAUUGUUGGCCAGCUUUGCUGUAUUCUGGAAGUUGGUAAUGCUGGUGAAGAACCUCUUCCAGAAGGCACAGUAACUAGCAGGGGAAAAGCAUCUCAGGGAGACAUUUGAAAUCUACUAGCAAAAAAUUAGACGCCCACUUACCUUAUUUUUCCAAUGGAAAAUCUAGCAAUUUUAGUGCCUUACGGAUUAUUUUCCCAGAAGCAAACAUGUCAGCUCUGGUUGAACUAAGAGCAUAGUUAUUGUGAAAAACAAUACUCUCCCUGGCCUCCCAUUUGUCUAUACACUGGUUUAUAUUAUGUAUAUGUGUACAGUUUUCUAUAAGUGUGUAAUAUUCAUUCUUCAAAUCGCAUUCUAUAUAUGGACAAAUCUGCUCUAAAUGAAAAGAAUCUGCUGUGCUUUUUUUUUUGCUUUAAGCAAUAGUUUUUAUUAAAUGCUAUUUAUAUUG